AACACCCUGGCUGUGGAUACGCGCUUUCAGACGGUGCCGAGGCGCACCGACACGCUGACGUACAGUCACUGAUCCCGGGACGGACUCCCCCCGGCCUGUCGCGCUCUCCUGCCGGUUCCUCCUCUCCUCCGAUGGGCAUCAGGCUUCCUGAGAACGGUCCACUCGUGUCAGCUCCCCUAAGAAACAGAAGAUCAGAGGAGGAAACGCUGGAGAUACGCACUUUGCAGUAUGCAAGCACUAAAAGAACCACAACUAUUAGCAGAACAUUUGCCAAAGAGGAGCUUUUUCUAGCAUAAUGUAGCUCAUUCUGACAUCUUUCCUGCAAGAUCUUUUCUCUGGUGACUUCACCGGCCGAGUGUAGACUGAGGGACAAAUGGAGCAGGUCGGGGAGGAUCUGAACCUCUCCUUUCUCCUGGAACAUGAAAGAGACAUGAUCCUCAAGGUGCUGCAGAAAGAUGAGAAAUUAAGGAAGCGAGAGGAGAAGAGGAUACGGAAGCUGAAGAACGAGCUGCUGGAGAUCAAACGGAAAGGGUCCCGUCGGUCCCAGGAGCCGGAGGAGCGACAGUGCGCCCGCUGCAUGAAGAGUUUGGGCCUCAUCUUCGGCCGCGGAGAUCUCUGCAAGGAGUGUCAGCUGCGCGUCUGCGACGAGUGCCGCGUUACAACCCCCAAAAGACACCAGUGGAGAUGUAACGUUUGUGCCAAGAUCUCGGAGCUGAAGGAGGUGACAGGUGAGUGGUUCCUGGAGGAGCGGUCCAAGCGCUUUGAGCAGGGAGCGCCGAGCAGCGACGUAAUCAAACAGACGAUCAUGAGCAGCCCGACCGUCACAGACAAAAAGUCAACAGAGAACCUGUCAACCCCUUCUGAGUUGGAGAAAUCCGACACCCCAAGAUCCAAAAGAAGUGCAAUAGUUAACAUUGUUGCCAGGAGGAAAGGGAGGGCGAAGAUGGAUAAAAAAGGCAGCCGAUCGGCCCUGAAGCCGGAGAACGGCGUCGACAGCGCCAGUGUCAAGUCUGUAUCGGAUGGAGACGCUCAAAGCGUAAGAAGUGUUCGCUCGGCACCGAGUCCACGUUCCAACAGGGCCGGUUCCGAGGCCUUGGAGUCCUCGGGGACGCCCACCGUGCCCAAUAACCUGCGCUGCCAAACUCCAGAUGCUCCCAGCGACAACCGGAGGCCUGACGGAGCGGAGAGCGUUGCCAGCGUUGACUCUGGUGACGCUGUGCCGGAGAAAAAAGCUUCCGGCCACCACAGAACAAAUUCUGGCACCCCGACGAUUUCUGUGUCCAGGGCAUCGGUUUCAUCAGAUCACAGCCGCUCGGAGAUGGACCUGUCGGCUGCCGGCUCUGAUCCCAGCGAGGACGCCUUCAGUCUCCGGAGCCGUUCGGUCCCCGGGCUCAACGAAGCGGAGUUCUCUGAUGAGGAUGCGGAGGAAGACAUCGAUGCCCUGAUGUCAGCUCACAGCAAGACUCCCAGCCGACGCAUCAGCAACGCCGUGUCCACGUCUUCCACUCCUGGCUCAGAGAGAAGGUGGGGGUACCUCAAUAUCCCCGACUCAGAUGCUGAGACUAGUAGUAUAAACAGCAUGAUGAGCAUGUACAGUGAGACUGGUGACUAUGGCAACGCCCGGGUGAGCGGUGAGAUCCUGCUGAACAUCAGCUACAGCUACAAAACUGGUGCUCUCAACGUCCUGGUGAAAGAGUGUCACAACCUGGCAACAGGAGACGAGAAGCGGCAGCGCUCUGACACAUAUGUGAAGACGUACCUGCUGCCAGAUACGUCACGACAGAGCAAGAGGAAGACGAGCAUCAAGGCCAACACCAUUAACCCUGUUUUCAACGAGAAUCUCAGGUACGUGAUCAGCCACUCUCAGCUGGAGACUCGGACGCUGCAGGUGUCCGUGUGGCACCACGACCGGUUUGGACACAACAGCUUCCUGGGGGAGGUGGAGCUGACCUUUGACUCCUGGGAGUUUGAUUCCCAGUUAGAGGACUGGUACGCUCUGCAGCCCAAGGCGGAGAGUAAUAUGGACUCCUCAAUGCAGUACAAAGGAGAACUGACUGUCGUGUUGAAGUACAUACCUGCAGAGAAAAACCUCAUGCUGCCCUUGGACCAAGUACAAGUGAAAAAGGGCUUCCUGAAAAGCAGGAAGACGAGCAGCUUCACUCUGCCCAGAGGGGGCAUGGUCGAGCUGCUGGUCAAAGGAGCCAAAAAUCUUACUGCGGUCAAGUCUGGAGGCACUUCAGAUCCAUUUGUGAAAGGAUACCUCCUCCCUGACACCAACAAGUCGACUAAGCACAAGACGGUGGUGGAGCGGCGCACUGUGAACCCGCAGUGGAACCACACCUUCACCUACUGCGGCCUGCAGCCAGGAGACCUCAACAACGUCUGCCUGGAGCUCACCGUGUGGGACAAGGAAGCCCUGGCCAGCAAUGUCUUCCUGGGAGGAGUCAGGCUAGGAGCUGGUACAGGCAAAAGCUACGGUAAUGAUGUGGACUGGAUGGAUUCAUACGGGGAGGAACAGCGGCUGUGGCAACGCAUGAUUGAAAACCCAGAAAUCCCUCACGAGUGUACUCUGAUGCUACGAUCCAGCAUGCGCAAGUGCAACGCAUGAGCUGGAAGGAACAACAGACAAGAGAGGACAUGGAAGAACCAAAGUGAGAGUAAGAUGUGACGUGAAGGCAGAGGGCUGGAGAAGUGGAACGCUCGAGAAAAAAAGAAAAAGCGGCUAGGACUUAAACACUCAUUAGGGAAUAGAGAUGGUGCUUCUGCCCACUUAUUUCCCCUGAUACACCCUGUUCAGCCAGUCAUGCCUUACAUACUCCUUACACCCAUUACCCCCCCUCCAAAGCAUAAGCAUCUCCUCUUUGACCAAGCACUGCUGUUUACAACUGUAAAUGAAAAACAUGUGUCGUAUGUAACUUAGCUAGUGGAAUAAGCACACGGUGUGGAUCCAGAUGUGUCCGUCCUCGUCUCUGUGCCUCAUGUAUCUGCAUGUAGUUACAGCCGACGGAGACCUUUUUGUUAAGCCGUUAGAUGAGACACUGAUCUGCGAUCGAAGAGACUUGGACGGGAGUCAUUCCCUUAUACACAGAGGUGGAAAGUGACCAGCUCUUGUACUAAUGUCCUCCUCAAGUAGUAGACUUAUUUAUUACAGAGGGUAACAACUUAGUCGGAAUUAGAACAGUAGCACUGUCAAAUUUCUCAGUCGUCUUUAAUCUUCAAAGUAGUGACCAUCUUUUAUUUAGAAGUGUUGUUUUAGAUUCAAAGUAAUAUUGUUAAUAAUUGAGUAUCCGCCUACAGGCUGCUCUGAUAUUGAAUGUGAGGUAAAAGUAUAAAUACUGAUUUUGGAGUGUCCUCAAAAACAAAGACUGCAGCUAAAUUUGUAGGUGAUUUUUAAAAAAUAAGUUACUUUAAAAUAUGCCAGAAAAUGUGUAAAACAACAACAACCCAAAGACACUCGAUUUACGAUGAAAUCAAACAGCACAAGAUAACAAAUUCUCAGAUCUGAGAACUGAAGUCAUUGAAUGUUGCGUAUUUUUAGCCACACUAGCAAUUAUAUCGAUGAUAUAUUCCCUCACGGACAAGACAGACGACUUAAAAUAUUGUCAUUUUUUACAGACAUUUAUUGUCUUGUGUCUAACGUUUUUUUUCGGCCAAAAGUAAUAACAAUGUUUGUACUAAUCGUUGAAUACUAGCAUGCUAACAGGCUACACAAAGUUGAUUAAUAUGGUAUACCUCCUAAAUAUCAUUAUAUUGUUUUGGAAAUAUGUUAGCAUGCUGAUGUUAGCAAUUACCUCAAACCUCCACUGAGCUAAUUCACAGCCUUACAAAGGUACUCGCAUGGCUGUCGCAGUAGACUUAGCUAAUUCAAAAUCUUGUGCCAAUUAUUUUCUGUUGAUCAAGAAUGAAGUGGCUUAAAGGCGUUGAAAGGUGCUUGCUUUCCACCUUUGGUUGUCAAAGAAAAAGAACCCAGAGAGGUCACACAAUAACUAAGGUCCAUGUGAAUGAUCACUGUAUCAGUGUGACCGUAGAAACUGCACGGUAUUAGAGGGACAUUAGGAAGUCAUGUAGCGCCCUGGUGAACAGAUCGUCAGUAAAGAAAGUGCAGGAACCCUGAGAGAGCGAGGCCGCUGGUUAAAGAGUGAGUCAGCGCUGAGGCGAGCUGCCUUCAUCUCAGGGGGAUCUUAAUCACGAGACAGCGGCACUCACCUUGUCCCCGCUGCCGUCCGGCCUCUUGUGACGGAUCACUAAUUUCACAACAAACGUUCAACCGUUAAACCGUGAAAAACCUUUUUCUCAAACGGAAUGCUAUUUUUGUCGUGCUUACCCUUCGCUGUGAACUCCCUGAACUGUUUCCCACAGCACAAUUAUAGUAAUAAUACAUGGUGUUUAAUGUACAACAUACUUAAGAUGAGAGGCUCGUGCAAUACCUGAUCACUGAAGCAGCUCUUGAUUUACAGCAUGCAUCUCCGUCGUGUCUGGUUUCCAACCAUCAAACUGUAUUUAAACACCGUUGGUCGCAAAUCUGUUAUUUUGAAAUAAAUCCAUCUUUCCAUAGA